CGUUUCUGAUCGUUGUAGUUUGCGCAAGAUAAGAUGGGUGUUGCUAAAGCUAUUGGUUUUCUAUUUGCUAUCUGCGGCCUUCUUGAGUCCACAUUUGCCCACGACUGUUUGCCGGGGUAUGAAGCCCACUCAGUGGUAGGUAGUGAUAACUACGAGUGUAUACUGACACGUGUAGUAGAGGUUGCUCAGCAACGAGAGGUAGCUCAACCUCCUCUACCUAAACCACUGGCUCCCCCUAUGAAGCAACAAGAUGUGGUAAUCGCCAAAGCCGUUAUUGCCGACGAUGUACCCGAAGGUUGCAACGCCGUGACUCCACUCGGCAGUGAACAGGGAACCACAUUUAACUUGAGUUGCAGGGAGAACAGGGCUGUUACACGUAUCCAGAUACCGCAGAAUGGGGUACCAGAGAUAAUGUGCUGCCUAGUAGUUAAAGUCUAGUUACCAUGGUUACUAGUUAUAACUUAGGGUCUAGUUACCAUGGUUACUAGUUAGAGUCUAGUUACCACGGUUACUAGUAAGAGUCUAGUUACCAUGGUUACUAGUUAGAGUCUAGUUACCAUGGUUACUAGUUAGAGUCUAGUUAACAUGGUUACUAGUUAAAGUAUAGUUAAUGGGCAAUGAGUAUACUAAAUACAGUAAAAUCCUGAUUUAUCGCGGAGAAAGGGAAAAAGGGAACAACCGAGGUAAAUCGAGACGUGGUAAAACGGGGUUUUACUGUAAUAAGCAUAUUAUGUUGUUGUUUAAUAAACUAGGAUUAUUAUUUUACUACACGAUUAAUGUUAUUAAAGGAGUUUUGUUAUUAUAUGAAGAUGAAUCCAGUCACGCAGUAAAUAUUUUAUCUAAAGUUUUGCCAGAUCCUCUACUAGUAGUACGUGUAGUGUUUAUCUAGUUUAUUCAAUAAUUUGAAGUUAUAGUUUGUUCAUAUUGUGCAUAGAUGUUUGGUUCGUUAUCAGAGUCACACGAUUA